AUGGGAGAUUCGCACCGGAUGGAGGAACUUCUCAAACGACCUCUCUACGUCUUCGAUCUACCCCCGGAGCUCCUCACAACCCUACGCGCAAAGACCGCGGCGCAAGGUGAUGCUGGGCAGUCCCACGAGGCAGCCAACGUCCAGAUCCGCGACCCUGAAACCACCGCCCAGGAAGCGACUAUCGCAACAUCCACACUAUGUUCGCUUUGCAAAGUGACCUACUCUAAUGUGCAGGAGCAGCGGAGUCACGUUCGCUCCGACCAUCAUCGUUACAACCUCAAAGCACAAUUGCGAGGAAAUGCGCCGUUGGAUGAGGAUCAGUUUGCCAAGGCGGUGGGUGAGCUUGACGAGUCAAUAUCGGGAUCGGAGUCCUCAGAAACGGAGGAGGAUGAAGCUGACGAGACCGGCGACACGACGCUCGUGGCCCUACUGAAGAAGCAAGCCAAGCUUGCCGACAAAACCGAGGAUGCGACCGAAAUCUCAACCCCAAAUACGCCCAAAAAUCCUCUGUUCUGGUUCUCCAGUUCAUCCCUGCCUUCCAAUAAGUCUCUGGGAAUCUAUCGCGCGAUUUUCUCAGAUGUUGAGCAACAGGCACCUGCUCACCUCGUUGAAUCAUUGCAAAAGAAGCAACUCGAGCCUAUCAGACCGCAAGCUCAACAAAAACAAAAUCAGCAGAGCGUCUCGAGCAAGAGUCCACACAUCUUCAUGUGCAUGAUAGGCGGUGGGCAUUUUGCGGCGAUGUUGGUCUCCCUGGCGCCGGAAAUUCACCGCAAACAGGGUGGCAUAGAAGAGCGUCAGGCCAAGGUGAUUGCGCACAAAACCUUUCAUCGAUACACAACACGAAGGAAGCAAGGUGGCUCGCAAUCGGCGAGCGAUGCUACUAGGGGGGCUGCUCACUCUGCCGGAUCGAGUCUUCGUCGAUACAACGAGGUUGCGCUUGAGAAGGAUAUCCGUGAGCUUCUUGCCGAUUGGCGGGAAAUGAUCGACAGUGCAGAACUUCUCUUCGUGCGCGCAACGGGCAAGAAUAACAGAAGGAUUCUCUUCGAGAAAUAUGAGGGGAACGCUUUGAAGCCGAAUGAUCAUCGUCUGCGAGGGUUCCCCUUCAAUACCCGUCGGGCCACGCAAGGCGAGCUCUUGCGUUGCUUCAAGGAACUGACUCGUGUGAAGAUCAGCGAGAUUGACGAGGCUGCUCUGGCAGCUGCAGCGGAGGUGGCCAAGCAAAAGGAAGAAGCCAAGAGCAUUGCCCCUCGCCCACAGCCUCAGAAGCCUAAGCUAUCUCCAGAAGAGGAAGCGGCCCUGCUACACACAUCCCAGAUUCAGGCCCUCAUUCGGCGGUCCAAAGUCCCGGCUUUGAUGUCCUACCUCAUGAAUAAUUCAAUACCUACGUCGUUCCGAUUCCAUCCUGUGGAAUUGCCCCAGAAUUUCCGCUGCCCCACGCCUCUUCAUCUCGCCGCCAAUAAUGAUAGCCCUGCUGUCGUGACUGCCCUUCUCACCCGUGCAAAUGCCGACCCAACGGCUACCAGUGGAGAGGGCCGCACGCCAUUUGAGCUCUGUGGCGAACGCGCUACUCGUGAUGCCUUUCGCAUUGCCCGUCACGAACUCGGGGAGUCCAAGUGGGAUUGGACAGCGGCUAAAGUUCCACCUGCGAUUUCCAAGGCUGAUUCAGCUGUGCGUCUCGAGAGGGAAAAGCAAGAAGCACUUGAGGAAGAGGCAAACCGCCGCAAAGCCAGCCUGGAACGUCUCAAGAAGGAAGAGGCCGAGAGAAAUGCACAGCAGAUCGCCAAAUCAGGUGGUAGGCUUCUGGGGGCCGUGGAAAAGACUGCUGCGGAUAAGCGCGACGAAGAGACUCGAGGAAACGAGUCUACCAUGGCUUCCACAACUUGUUCGUCCCAGGAUGAAGGGUUCCAUGUGGGCAGUCUGACUCUGCAGGACCCUCUCACUCGGAAGACACUCACCACUGUGGAGGUUUAUAGCAAUCUGGAGGUCUUCAUCGGACGAGAUGCAAGGACUUGCCAAAUUCAUAUGGCAAGCCCAUUUGUCUCAAACAAGCAUGUGCGCAUCUACACUGUAGUGUAUGAUCGCCAAGACCUCCAAAAUGUUCCUCCACUGGUAUUCGCCGAGGACCUGUCAAUGAACGGCACCUACUGGAACGGCUAUCUCAUGGAGAGAGAGCAUGGCAGCUCACUCAUCAGUGAUGGCGACACACUUGAGAUAGCCGGCCAUGGUCAGAUUCACUUCAGAUCUGCCUAUCCCGCAACAGACAAUCAGUUCACAGAGCUGCAGCAAAUGGAAUUCGAGAAAAUCCGAGACAAAUAUGUCAUGACGCAGCGUGUGCUGGGCUCUGGUGCCUUUGGCAGGGUGCACAUGGCUUAUGCAGCGAAGACUGGUCGGCAAUUUGCCUGCAAAGUUGUCGACCUGAACGCCAUGGCAGCACAGGUGCGAGGAGACUCGGGCGGAGAAAAGAAGUCCAAGUUCUUCUCCAAAAGACCUCAGCUCUUUGCGAAGCGCAAAUCCACAAAAGCGAAGCCUUGGAAGGCAUAUGCACCGGUUCUGAAAAGAAUCGAGAUGCAGAAGCGAGAGGCCAUCUUUCUCGCUACACUGUCGCAUCCAAACAUUCUCUGCGCGGAGAGGGUGUUCCAGUCAACCGAGACGAUCUUCAUGCUCACCGAACUCGUCACGCAAGGCGAUCUCCUUUCCUUCGUGCGCAAAAAUGGUGGGAGGCUACAUGAAGACACGUCCGCCCUGAUCGUCCGACAAGUCCUUCUCGCCCUCGAGUAUCUCCAUGACCGGGGGAUCGUACAUCGCGAUGUCAAGCCGGAUAAUAUAUUGGUCACAUCGCUCGGGCAUGGUGGAAGGAUUGUGCUGGCUGAUUUCGGAUGUGCAAGAUGGAUCGAGCAGCCUUCGCAAAGGAUGCACAGUCUUGUCGGGACCCGUGAAUACUGCGCACCUGAACUGCAGCCAUUGACCGAGAGGGGCUACAGCAAGUCUGUUGACAUGUGGGCGCUGGGCUGUACCACUGCAGUGAUCUUGGUUGGGGAUACUCCAUUCAACCAGCACAAUCGAAGCUAUGAGGAGGCCUUGCGGAUAUUGGAAGCGGACAUGGAAACCCACGGAAUCAGCUCCAGGCCUCGAGACUUCCUGCGGCGGCUGCUCAUUCUCGCUGAAAAUCAACGGAUGGAUGUGAAGCAAGCCUUGCAGCACGCUUGGUUUACCGAUCCUUCACAAGCUGGAUGGUUCAUCGAAAUGUACCACGAUGUGACUGCGUCCUGGACGCCGCGCGUUGCCAGAGAACCCAUCACAGUUGAUUUAGACAGCACCCCGGGUCCUUCCGUGUCUGAGUGUGCCUCUUCAGGUAUUGGCCUGGACACGAUGCCUGCAGAGCCCCGAAUAGAAGAUUGGCAUCACUUGGGUGGAGAUAGCACGAACAAAGUCCUUGAAAGCUCGUGGGAAAAUCUUGGUGCCACGGGAGCCAAGCCCAUGAUUUCCACCUCAACCUCCAUGCCAAAGAUUUCCAGUCAUGUGCCCUUGGUCCCGAAACAGGCGGAUAGAGAGCAAGCUGUUGUUGAGUCUGAAGAGUUUGAGUUUGUAAGUCAGGUUAAGCGCGAGCAGCUUGACCGACCAAGAGUGGAGAGAAAAUUCCUGUAUGUUUCUUCUUGUGAUCGUUUGCAUGGUUCCAGAAUUUUACCGAAGGUUGGGUCGACUAUUCACCGCAAGAGCGCAGUCGCUAAACCCAUAUUCACAGUCGAGGCGGCAAAUGGCUUGGAAAACUCCUUCCCUUCGCGACAGGGGCUUCUUGAAAGUGCUGCAGUUUCACGUGAGAGCCCACCCAGUUCGAAAAGACCCCGGAGAGAUGACAGUGACGACCUCGACCAGGUCUAUGAGGAGAUUUUCAAUCCAGUCACUGGAAAGCGGAAGCGGCUCGCCUACGGCAGAGGCUUUGAUGUCCUGAGUUGGAUGUUGUGA